AUGCUGACGAAUUUGAGGUUGAAGUGCGACAGACAACAGCCUUGUAGAACAUGUGUCGAUCGAGGACUGUCACUUUCAUGCUCAUACGUGAGGCCAACUCCGACACCAAAAGAAGGAAAAGCAGCGAACAGCGUCCAUGACCGUAUCAACCAGCUUGAGAAACUCGUUACAUCCUUGAUGGGUGGAGAUGGAGUCGAGAAUAAAGGUUCGGCUAGCUCCACACCAUUACAUGCGAAUGCGUCGCUUCAUGCAGAAGUUCCUGGAACUCCUGACAGGGUCAAGUUUGAUCAUGAUGCGACGAGCUAUACCAACAGUGGCCAUUGGACUAGUAUUUUGGAUGGAGUAUGCUACAAGUUUAGGUACAUGAAAUUGGCGCUGAUCCUGCUUCAGAUAACCGAGCUCCGGGAACAUCUAGAUCAAGUGCCCGUUGCAGAUACCACAGAGCCAGGCUCCCAGGAUGACGAUGUUCCUGGCCCAAAACUCCUGUUUGGGCGUCACAAACAUGCGACAAAGGAAGAGUUACUUGCAGCAUUGCCCUCGAGAUCCGAGGCGAAUCAGCUCGUGGAUACAUUCUUCCAAUGCAUGGACAUAGCGCCUAGUAAGGGGACUUUCUUGCGCCAGUAUCAUGAAUUUUGGAUUCGGCCUUUUGAGACUUCGACCAUGUGGAUAGGCAUGCUAUACGCUGCACUUGCCCUGGGCUCUCGCUUCCAAGCGGAUUUCGACACGCAACUUCCUGAAGCUAAUUUGAAUCGAAGUGAGCCACAGUCGAUGCUAUACACUGCCCGUAUGAGCUUCUAUCGUGAGAAAGUGGUACAGUGCCUUGUGUUAGCAAACUACCUCAAAUGUCCACCAUAUACGAUAGAAACUUGCCUGCUGUACUUUGGAACCGAAUAUUUCCGUUCCGUAGACACUCAAUUCGGCAUGUAUAUAUUGGCCGGUACAAUCAAUCGCAUCGCCUUCCGCAUGGGCUACCACCGAGAGCCAUCCAAGUUUCCGAACAUAACUCCGUUUUGGGCAGAGAUGCGGCGGAGGAAUUGGCUAAUAAUCAUGUCUCUGGAUUUUGUCACUUCGGCACAGGUUGGCCUGCCUCGCAUGAUCCAACCAUUCAUGUAUGACGCACACGAGCCUAGGAAUCUCGGAGAAGACGACAUUGAUGAGCACAUGUCCGAGUUGCCGCCAUCGCGCCCAGAAACGGACUUGACACAAUUGCUAUACAGCAUCGUUCUUACACGCGUACGACUCGCGCACGCCAGGGUGAUGGAUUUGAUGUACAGCACAUCUCAGCCUGCGUAUCGAGAGAUUAUGGAGAUGGAUAAGCUACUUCGAGACGUCUACGACGCGAUUCCAGAGUCAGCGAAAGUGAUGCCAUCGACGAAUUUCGACACUGUCGUGUCACCGGAAACAAUGCGUCGCUUGUACCUCGGAUUGGCAUUUCUCAAGGCAGAACUCAUGCUACAUCGCCCCUAUCUCCUCCUAGGUCGCACAGACAGCCGAUACCAAUACUCGAGGCGGAUUUGUCUGAAUGCUGCUGUCGAGAUGUUGGGGUUCCAGAGCAAGCUCGAUACCGAGAUCCAGCCAGGGGGCAAGCUUUGGUCGGCUGGGUGGCAGAUCCUGACUGUCUCUUGGUACCUGUCUUCCCUCGUGGCUCAAGAUUUCCUGUUCGCGACCACUGUUCUCGUUCUUGAUCUUGAGGAGGAUGUAGCCCCUCCUUUGUCUCCUAGCCAUGAAAGUCGAAGCGAAGGACUGCGGCUCGAUGGCGAACCGCCGUCACGCGAGGAACUUAUCGAGGCAUUGCGUAUGGCCCACCGCAUUUGGACCAAAGCGAGCAAGCGAUCUCAGGAAGCGCGCAGAGUGGCUGCGGCAGCCAAACUGGUGCUAGCCAAGGUAGAUGCUCAUGAUACGAGUGAAUCCACUGCAACAGGGCAGUUACCUGCGCACUCUACACUAGACCACGCCGAAACCGCAACUCCAACCUCUUCUUUUGACUUCUGCCACUUCGCCGCAGAAGCCAACAGUGCAAACCUGUUCGCCAUGGCCAACAGCGACUACGGCAAUCCGUUUGCACUGGCAGACAUACCAAUGGACAUGGGCUCAUACACCGAGGCUUUUGGCUGGGUUUGUGCCUCUGAAACUUUCAUCGCAGGAUUCUCGGGCUGA